AUGCUCUCCACCCUCGCCCGGCCUGUCGGCGCCGCCCUCUGCCACGGCUUCAGCACCUCAGCUCAGAGCCAUGCUAAAGUAGCCGUGCUGGGGGCUUCUGGAGGAACUGGGCAACCUCCUUCUCUCCUCCUGAAGAAGAGCCCCUUAGUGAGCCGCCUCACCCUCUACGACAUCGCUCACACGCCCGGAGUGGCCGCCAAUCUGAGCCACACAGAGACCAGAGCAACUGUAAAAGGCUACCUCGGACCAGAACAGCUGCCAGACUGCUUGAAAGGCUGUGAUGUGGUGGUUAUUCCGGCGGGAGUUCCAAGGAAACCAAGUAUGACACGAGAUGACCUGUUUCACACCAACGCCACAAUCGUGGCCACCCUGACCACGGCCUGUGCCCAGCAUUGCCCUGAAGCCACGGUCUGCAUCAUUGCAAAUCUGGUUAACUCCACCAUCCCAAUCACAGCAGAAGUUUACAAGAAACAUGGAGUACAUGACCCCAAUAAAAUCUUAAGUGUGACAACCCUGGACAUUGUCAGAGCCAACACUUUUGAUGCAGAACUGAAGGGUUUGGAUCCAGCCUGAGUCAACGUUCCUGUCAUUGGCAGCCACACUGGGAAGACCAUCAUCCCCCUGAUCUCUCAGUGCACUCCCAAGGUGGACUUUCCCCAGGACCAGCUGACCACAUUUAUCGGGCAGAUCCAGGAGGCAGGCACGGAGGUGGUCAAGGCGAAAGCUGGAGCCAGCUCUGCCACCCUGUCCAGCGCCUGGAGUGGCCGCCGAUCUGAGUGCGUCUUUUCCCUGGUGGACACAAUGACUGGAAAGGAAGGUGUUGCUGAAUUUUCCUUUGUGAAGUCACAAGAAACGGACUGUCCCUAUUUCUCCACACCGUUACUGCUAGGGAGAAAAGGCAUGGAGAAGAACCUGGGCAUUGGCAAAAUCAGCCCUUUUGAAGAGAAGAUGAUUGCUUCUGCCAUUCCUGAGCUGAACGCCUCAAUCAAGAAAGAAGAGUUUGUAAAGAACAUGAAAUGA